GGCUAGGUGCGCUCUGUGUCAGGGAGUGGGGUGUGCGGGAAUCUGUGCUGGACCGAGUCAGAGAUGUCAGGCUCCGGGAUUCACCGUGGAGAACGAGUGUGACGAUCUAGACGUCGGCCAGGGAUCAGGAAACCUCGUUCCGCAGAGGUGCCCUGAAGGUCUGAAAUUUCCGCCUGAAAUGCCUUUGAAACAAGACCGUGAACGAGUACAAGUGCACUUGAUGGAUGGAUGGAACGACGACGUCAAAGUUUCACCUCUGAAGAUGUUCAACGGUGUACACUCGCUACACGAUGCUGCUGAGGUGGAGGAUACUGUGGCUGAGGACUGUGCCAGUCUUGUAGAAGUGCUGUUGUCACAGAAGAGAGUGCCUUGUGAGAGUGAGCUAGUGCCAGAAGAUUGUGAGGGUGUGCAAGUCUCACUUCUGGAGACGUGUGGCUUGUGCGGACUUCAGGAUGAAAAAGAAGUGGUCGAGUCUCACAGAGAUGCAUGUCCAACAGCUAGGCAAGAUCUGCAGAAGAUGGGGGAGGCUGCUGACCCAAUAGCGCAAUUGAUCGGGAACUUCGGGAGGUGGCAAUUCAUGUUGACGUUCCUGCUGUCUCUGUUCAACUUCCCCUGUACUUUCCACAUCUUCUCCCCGACUUUCCAAGGUCCCCCUGGGGACUUCUGGUGCGCGCGACCCUCCGCCUUCCGCGACGUCGACGUGGAACAGUGGAAAAACAUCAGUGGGAGAACGACGAUUGUGGACGGCGAGGAGAGAUACGACCCCUGCUGGGUGAAGGAUGUGAACCUGAGUGACGUCACUGCCCUGACCAACAGCAGCCUGACGACCUUCCGGCCGUGCGACCACUGGGAGUACGACCUCACCACCGGCAGGAGUAUUGCUAGCGAGUGGGAUCUGGUCUGCGAGAACGCCCAAAUGAUCAACGUGGCGGAGAUGAUGUUUCUGGUGGGAGUUGCUCUAGGAGGCAUCUUCUCCGGGUAUUUCUCGGACAGGUUCGGACGCAAGAUCGCCCUCAUGAUCUCUCUGGUUCUCCAGAUCACUUUGGGUCUUGUACUCGCUGUCACAGAGUCCCUGACAGUGUACAUGGCAGGUCGAGCUGUCCUUGGCUUCGUCUGUGUCAGCGUGGUCUUCAGCGGCUUUGUUCUCUGUAUGGAACUGGUUGGCGGCAAGUGGUUGACCAUCUCAGGGGUGUCUUAUCUGUUUCCUCUGCCGUUCAGCUACAUCGCCAUCGCCGGGAUAGCAUACUACUUGCGGGACUGGAGGCAUUUACAACUGGCCAUCACUUUGUCGGCUCUACCCUUUCUGCUACUUUGGUGGGUGCUGCCGGAGUCCCCGAGGUGGCUGUUGGCUACCGGUCAGACGGAGAGGACUGUCAGAGUGUUGGAGGACGCGGCGAGGUUCAACAAGAUCAAACUUCCGAGCAACAUUGACAAGAUACUGAAACAGCCUAAGUCAACAACUCCGUUAUGUUUGAAGGCGGCUCCCUCAGACUCCGAGACCGGCUCCAAGAGUGGAAUCAUUGACCUCUUCCGCACUCCCGCCAUCCGCAGGAUCUCCCUCAUCCUGUACGUAGUGUGGUUCAGUACUUACUUGGUCUACUACGGACUGGUCCUGAAUCUCAGCAAACUCGGGGGCAACGUGUACCUCAAUAGUGUCAUUUCCGGUGCUGUGGAAUUUCCAGCCAUCUUGCUGAGUAUCUUUAUUCUGCUGAAGCUAGGCCGCCGACUGCCGCUGAGUCUGUCCUUGAUAGGAGCUGGCAUUUCCUGUCUGCUGACGACACCUGUUCCUGGCGAUCUCCAGUGGCUGACCAUCCUGUUCGCUAUGGUGGGCAAGUUCUGCGUCUCCUCGUCCAACGUGGUGAUGCCGGUGUUCACCGCGGAACUGUUCCCUACAGUGAUGCGCAACCUGGGCGUGGGGUCCUCCAAUGUUCCUGCAGGAGUCGCUCUCAUGCUGGUACCUUACCUCUGGAACUUGAAGGACAUGUACGGGCCGAUGCCCAUGAGUGUCCUGGGAGUGUGCGGGAUCCUUGGUGGACUCGCUGUCCUCCUUCUGCCCGAGACCCACGAUGCCGGACUCACAGACACAGUCCAGCAAGUCAGGGAAAAGCCUAUGGAAACCACCAAAGCCUAAGCACGGAACCUAGGGUCUGCGGAGGAGAAAAGCUCUGGUGGGACAGCAGGGGCAGAGCCUCAUUAAGUCACCACCCUUUAUAACCCAGGAUAGGCUAGGAUAGGUCUUGAGAAGAAUCCUAAACUGUUCUGUUGCAUUUCAGAGUAAGAAUCAUCAGUCAGAUAAUGUUUCAUAGCAUGAGAUAUUGUUAUAUUAAUGUUUUAGAAAUUGUGUUGUUAUGCAGUAUUUGUUGAAAUGUUGUAAUCCAUGUAAUGCAUUCCUUUUGCACUGUUUUUCAACAUUUAUUUUGAUGGAUCGAAUCUUAUUUACACUCAAUUGGACAAAAAAACAUAUAUUUAAUAGUUAAUUUAUAGUUUCAUUUUACAAUAUUAAAACACUUUUAUUAUUUGAAAUUUAUUCUUAGAGACAAAUUUUUGACUCCAAUUAUACAAUUGGAGUUACACAAUUUAUUCGGAAAUCGUUCGAUAAGGUAUGGGCUGUGAAUAAAGUAUAAGGACAUUUUUGGAGCCAACAAAGUAACGAUAUAUAUUUUAAUAUAUCAUAUUGCCUCAUUAGAUUUGUCUAUAAGUACUAGGGUGUAACAAUGCAUUUAUACUUGUAUAGGUAUAAUUUAAUUAAUUUACAGGGUGAACAUUAAUUUUAGGUAGUUUUAAGAAAUAUGUUUCAAGCUGUAGAUUACGUUUAUCUGUGGAUCGUCGCGAAUACAAUACGCGAUUUUAUGUGAUGGUUAUUCAAAUUUUUAUUUAAAUAUCAUCGCAUAUAUGAUUUUAUUCAUAAUUUAUUCGUUCCAGAUAAUAGAAAUCAACAUAAAAGUAACAUAACUUAUAAAACUGUGAGUGUUUAUUGUAUAUUUUUCUGAAGAGAACGCAAGAGAGUUAAAUAAAUAAUAUUUAGAGAUACGAAUUUAAUUUUACAUACUGGAAUAUAACUGAUGUUAAACAUCUUCAACAAACCAACAGUUAAUUUGUAUUUAGUAUCUCUUGAAGUGGCCUAAUUAUAUGAUUUCGAAAUCUCUAAACUCGCUCUGCUGUUUAGUAUUACUUGUUUAUUAUAGACCUUGUAAAUAUCGUGUUAAGUACUUUAUAUGUACAGAUAAAUUAAUACUCAAUUAUUUUAUUGAAAUUCAUAUUCUUAGUAAUAUUUUCUAAUUUCACUUUCCAUGACGAAUUGUUAUAAGUUUCUAUUCAUUAAAAAAUAAAUAGAUUAUUGUUGUAGCUCAGCAAGUUUCAAUUAUAGAUUUUAUAAACUAAAUUAUAAAAUGUAAAAAAUGUUAGAUAUGUAUAUUUUCCUAACAGCCAUUAUCAUAUAUUUAUGUAUUUUACUACUUACACUAGAAACGAUUAAACUAAGGAUAUCAGUGUAUUUUCUUAUAAAUGUUUUAUGUUUCAAGUUUACCUGUAUGACGUAUUAAUAAAUGGUAGUUGUGUACUAGUUAUUGUCAAGUGUUAUGUUUAAUCAAAUAUUUAUGUAACUUCAAGUUCAACUGAUGUGUCAACUACUACUACAAAACAGUUCUUUGACUCUGAUCUAAUUGUUUUAUAGCUUUUGUAAAACAUUGUUACGUUUUUAAGUGUACUUAUUUGUAUUGUCUUGUUACCAUUUUGUGUAAUGCCGAGAGCUUUAAUAGUGUAGUUCAUUAUUAUGUGUUGUUUUUUAUUAUUAUAUUACUAGCAAUAAAACUCUUCUAUCUGA